AUGUACGAGCAGGUUUUUGUGACAUCACAAGUAGUUUGGAAGCCAACUGUGGCCCAUUCAGACUCCAGUCGGGCCUCCUGCAGUGAUCAGCCUGCUUUGGAUAGACCCAGAUCUGGAUUUGCUUCUACCUUUGACCUGCAGUCACAGUUCUGGCUGGAGGUGCAGAGCUCCAUGCCUUGCUCUGUGCUGCUCCGUUGUUCCCUUUUGAUCCAGAUGGAACCGGCCAAAGACAAGGUGUUGGUCGGGCAGAUUUUGCACACGCUGCAGGAGCUGGAUCUCCCUGUCCACUUCCUGGGAGCCAACAGCAGCACCAUGCUGCUGGAGACCCAGGCUAAACUGCUGGCUGUACUGAAGGUAAGGGAGAAUCAGAACCAGGAGUGA